GAAUCUAAGUUGAACAUAACUUUACAUUGUUCUAUUACUGAACUUAAUUGUUAUAGAUUACAAAAUGAAAAUCAAAGGAUCACUGUAGCUAAACUCACUCUUCCAGAUAUUUCGGAUAAUGAUUCAAAAUCAGUAAAUGUUACAAGAUCAAGAUGCAAUUUCCAGUGA